AUGACCCUCCUACCCGGAGACAACUCUGACUACGACUACAGCGCCCUGAGCUGCGCCUCGGACGCCUCGCUGCACCCUGCCUUCCUCACGCAGAGCCGCUCGCUCAAGGGCGUCUUCUACCGCCGCGCGCAGCGGCUGGGCCCGCACGACGAGCCCCGGGCGCACCCGGGCGGCCCGGCCGAGGACCGGCGGCGGCGCAUCAUCAUCAACGUGGGCGGGAUCAAGUACUCGCUGCCCUGGACCACGCUGGAGGAGUUCCCGCUGACGCGGCUGGGCCAGCUCAAGGCCUGCACCAACUUCGACGACAUCCUCAACGUGUGUGAUGACUACGACGUCACCUGCAACGAGUUCUUCUUCGACCGCAACCCCGGCGCCUUCGGCACCAUCCUGACCUUCCUGCGCGCCGGCAAGCUGCGGCUGCUGCGCGAGAUGUGCGCGCUGUCCUUCCAGGAGGAGCUGCUCUACUGGGGCAUCCCCGAGGACCAGCUGGACGGCUGCUGCAAGCGCCGCUACCUGCAGAAGAUCGAGGAGCUGGCGGAGAUGGUGGAGCGCCAGGACGAGGACGACCUUGCGGACAGCGAGGACCCUGACAGCGAGGGCCCGGCCGCGGGCGACAGCCGCCUGGGCCGCUGCAUGCGGAGACUGCGAGACAUGGUGGAGAGGCCGCACUCGGGGCUGCCUGGCAAGGUGUUUGCCUGCCUGUCUGUGCUCUUUGUCACGGUCACCGCUGUCAACCUGUCUGUCAGCACCUUGCCCAGCCUGAGGGAGGAGGAGGAGCAGGGCCAGUGCUCCCAGAUGUGCCACAACGUCUUCAUCGUGGAGUCUGUGUGCGUGGGCUGGUUCUCCCUGGAGUUCCUGCUGCGCUUCAUCCAGGCGCCCAGCAAGUUCGCCUUCCUCCGCAGCCCGCUCACGCUGAUCGACCUGGUGGCCAUCCUGCCCUACUACAUCACCCUGCUGGUGGACGGCGCCGCCGCGGGCCGCCGCAAGCCGAGCGCGGGCAACAGCUACCUGGACAAGGUGGGGCUGGUGCUGCGGGUGCUGCGCGCGCUGCGCAUCCUGUACGUCAUGCGCCUGGCGCGCCACUCGCUGGGGCUGCAGACGCUGGGGCUCACGGCCCGCCGCUGCACCCGCGAGUUCGGCCUGCUGCUGCUCUUUCUCUGCGUGGCCAUCGCCCUCUUCGCCCCCCUCCUUUACGUCAUCGAGAACGAGAUGGCCGACAGCCCCGAGUUCACCAGCAUCCCCGCGUGCUACUGGUGGGCCGUGAUCACCAUGACCACGGUGGGCUACGGGGACAUGGUCCCCAGGAGCACGCCCGGCCAGGUGGUGGCGCUCAGCAGCAUCCUCAGCGGCAUCCUGCUCAUGGCCUUCCCGGUGACCUCCAUCUUCCACACCUUCUCCCGCUCCUACCUGGAGCUCAAGCAGGAGCAGGAGCGCGUGAUGUUCCGCAGGGCACAGUUCCUCAUCAAGACCAAGUCGCAGCUGAGCGGCAUGUCCCAGGACAGCGACCUCCUGUUCGGCAGCGCCUCCUCCGACGCCAGGGACCACAGCUGA